AUGUACGCUAUGGAGCAGGAAAGGGCCCAUCCGGUGCCACCGCCGCCGCCGCCGCUGUCAAUGGACCGCAUCUCUGCCCCGUCCGCCGCCUAUCCUACCCCGGGCUCUGGCCCCCUCUCCUCCGACCACCUCGCGCCGAUCGAGACCGAAUAUGACGGCCGCAAGUGGUCGUUACAGGUCGUGCAACAGCCCAUUCGAGCUCGCAUGUGUGGCUUCGGUGACAAGGACCGAAGACCCAUUACACCACCCCCAUGUAUCCGACUCAUUGUCCGCGAUCUGCAAUCCGGAAAAGAGAUUGAUAUCAAUGAGAUUGACACAUCGUUCUACGUCCUCACUGUUGAUCUUUGGAACGCCGAAGGUACCAGCGAAGUGAAUCUGGUCAAGCAUUCCGCCACCUCGCCCUCCAUCUCGACUGCCAUGUCUUCUUCCUAUCCUCCCCCGCCCUCGAGUCUCUCCCCUACCUAUCCUGCCUACGGGCAAAAUCCCUAUGGCCCACCGGUCGGCUAUCCCGGGAUGAACAGCUACUACGGCAAUCAACAGAUGUAUCAAAAUCCCUAUGGGCAACCAGUCAACUAUCCGCAAUACGGCUAUCCUCCUGGGAGCCAGAUGCCUACCGCCAUGUCGCCGGCCGCGCCUGUCUCAGGCGCCCAGGGAGGAAUGUUCACGCGCAACCUGAUCGGCAGCCUGAGUGCCAGUGCUUUCCGGUUGACCGACCCUGAGAAUAAGAUUGGCGUAUGGUUCAUUCUGCAGGAUUUGAGUGUGCGGACCGAAGGCACUUUCCGCCUCAAAAUGAGCUUCGUGAACGUCGGAACUCAAUCAACCGAGACGAGCAAUGGUGCCCCCGUUAUCAACCACGGCGCCGCGCCUGUCCUGGCCUCCGUCUUCAGUGAUCCUUUCCAAGUGUUCUCGGCCAAGAAAUUCCCCGGUGUCAUCGAGAGCACACAACUCAGCAAGUGCUUCGCGUUGCAGGGCAUCAAAAUCCCCAUCCGAAAAGAUGGAGUCAAGGGCCCUCGCGGCCGAGGUGGAGACGGAGACGAUGACGAUGGUGAUGACUAUUAA